UCCACAGAAAUGAUUGCUGCCCGUGUCCUUGUUGCUUCCUGGUUUGCCCUUUUCUCCCAUGUCUGACAAGGCUGCUUUGUGAUCAUGUCCAAAAACACCAGGAUAGUUCUCAUUUUCGGUGGUUUUGUCACUGCAGUGGCAGCAGCUUUCUACCCUAUAUUCUUUCACCCGCUCAUGCACAUAGAUGAAUACAAGAAAGAGCAAGCUGUAAACCGAACUGAUGUCAUCCAGGAAAACGUACAGCCCACUGGCUUGAAAGUGUGGUCUGAUCCUUUCUCCAGAAAAUAAAAUGGAAUGUGGCUUUGUGCCGUUACUCUGGAAGAUGUGUAAAUUGUGAAGAAUACGCGAGCCUAGUCUUUUGUACAAAGUAUAAAUAAAGCAAAUAUUUUCAUUUUUGUUUCUGAUCAAGUGGACAAAUAACACAAAAAUGUUUCUGA